AUGAAUUCAUACCACUAUUCCAGUCCCCCCAAGGGCUACUCUCCAUACUACUUCAACUCUUCACCUACCUCACCAAACAACAGCGACUAUAUCUAUUAUGCGCCUCAGCAGCAAUAUGGCACAUCAUCAGCGAAGAAGCACUCAAGAACGCGCAACUAUCAACCAACGGCGACGGCGCAAAGGCCAGGUGGAUGGCACUCUCCUCCAGGAUAUCCAUCUGCGCAAUUCUACGAGACGGUGCCAAAUUACACCACACCACCUCAGAGAGGCGACUAUGUGAGUACUGCCAAAGGCAUGAGGAGCAAAUUUCGCACCUCUUCCAUGUCCGCAGGCAAGCAGCACAGCCGCACAACGCGAACGCAGAAACAGCCCGUCUAUGUAGACGUUGUUGACGAUGCCUACAAUUCGCCACAAUACAUAUACCGCGAGCCAAAGGCCAAAACACGGCACGCGAAACCCAGUGCUGAUCAAUAUUUUUUUUUCAAUCAGGAUCAGAUUUACAACGAACAACCCAAGCGAUCGCGAGCCCGCCGCUCCUCGACCACCACGCGCACACCUCAAAAGUCCGCUCAAUCGGCGCACACGAAGUCGCCACAUAUCGCUACCGAAGACGACGCACAAAGGGCUGGCAUCCCAGCAGGCUAUUCUAUCAAGAAUUGGGACCCUACUGAGCUCCCAAUCGUCCUUCUAGGCAGCGUUUUCGAUGCGAAUUCCCUUGGCAAAUGGAUAUAUGACUGGACUGUGUUCCAUCACGGGGCAUCCAGUCCAAUGGCUGACGUGGCUGGCGACCUCUGGCUCCUUCUGAUCAAACUAGCUGGCAAGAUGAAGCGAGCGGAAGAAUGUGUGGAUCGUAUCCGCAGCAUUGACAGCCAGGAGAUGGUAGAAGACUUCCUCACUAGUGGAAGUCGUCUGUGGCAAAAGUUCAAGCAACUUCUCAAGGCAUGUGAACAAUUCAUGUGGAGGGCUGCGAAGCGAGAAGGCAGCAAGGGCAUUUCAAUGGGCAAGAAUGCUGGAACCGAAUUCGUCGAUUCGAUAUUUGGUCGAGAUCGGGAACUUGAGACCACUGAGAAAAUUAUGACCAGCAUUCGGUUGUGGAACAUGCGAUUCGACGCGAACUGCGAAGAUAUCCUUAGGCGGCCUUCUGCUGCCUAG